UAAAAUCUGGUUUGCUGGAAAACGGGAACAACUAUUUUAUCUCAGGAUACCAGAUGGUCCCUUCUUUGUAGGCCAUGGGAUGACGAAGGAAUCUGACUUAUUGGAGGGAACAAAGAACCUGUCUUCUCAAAGCAGAGGGAUAACCCAGAAGGCCAGAACUGCAAUCCACUUGCUCGACACAGUUUCUUGUCCCAGCAAGCUAGCUCUCCCCUCCACCACAUCAGCACCGGAAUUUUUCAACUCCGAGCACACCUCUCUGAUCAGGUCAGGUCAGCUUCAGCUUCCCCUCGUGCCAUUCGUGUGAACUACUACCAAGUCCUUAUCUGACCAAUAGCCAUGGUACGGUAUCUAUAGUAGAAGCUUAGAGAAAUGCCACAUUUGUCACUUGUGCCUAUCUGACCCAACCAAUCUUGCCGCGAGUCUGCAACAACCGCAGCUCAUGGCGCGUAGUGGUGGUUACUGGUUGCUGCUACCAACGUUCAGUUUGCAGCACGUUUUUUUCUCUCCUGUUCCAAUGAUAUGGUACAUCAUACUACAGUUCAGGAAGAGUACAAUUGUACAACGAACCUAUCAUACUGUCAUGUACUCCUGUCUGUCCACGCUGACCUCCAGCUAACACACAUGCAUCCACACAAGUUGAGGCAGGCAAGAAACACUAAACAACAUCGCCGUGUUUUCCUCAUGGAAGUGACGCUGACAUGCGUCGAUGCAAUAUUAAUUAUAGUGUGUCUGCAUUAGACUUGUGUCGUGGGAGAUGGAAGAGCCGUCAAGCCAAGCCACACCUUCUUAAAGACGGCCAAGCUAUGCGGGUAGGGAUCACUAGAAGUGAAGUCAUUGCCAUCAGGCACAGCCGCACAGGCAGAGCUGAGAGCUUAGGAGCACAUUGGUUUCUUGCAAGUAACCAUAGGCCAGAAGUAGACGAUAAGCUAGCUAGCUAAUCCAAGCCUGUGACUGUGAAGGAGUCGAGUCGUCUUUGCCAAGUCGCUGUGCCGUUGAAAGGGACAAGGGUCUCCUGGACAGAGAUCUCGCCCGUUAAAUUUGCCUCUCUUUUGCUUCUUUCCCUCCGAUCUCUAUAGCUGUGCAAGUGAAGGAAGAAAGGAACAGCCUGAAUUAUUUCUCCGGUUAGUCCCCGUCCUGUGUGUGUGCUAUGCGAAGGAGCAAGUGGUGUUUGCCUUGUUUUCCCAUGGCCAGCACGGCGGCGCUGCCCAUCGAGACGGCGUUCUCUCUUCCGGCUCCGUUGCCGUCGUGGCCGUCGUCAGUUUCAGAUGGAGGAUUUGCAAAGGGUAGCAUUGACCUUGGUGGUCUAGAGGUGCGCCAAGUCACCACGUUUGCCAAGGUCUGGUCCACCGGCCAAGACGGCGGCGGCGCCACCUUCUUCAGGCCGGAGCAGGUCCCCGCCGGCUUCAGCGCCCUCGGCCACUACGCGCAGCGCAACGACCGGCCGCUCUUCGGCCACGUCCUCGUCGCCCGCGACGUCUCCGGCGGCGGGCUCCUUGCCCCGCCGCUGGACUACGCGCCCGUCUGGUCCAGCCAGGACGACGCCGCCCACUUCUGGCUCCCCACGCCUCCCGAUGGCUACAGGGCGAUCGGCGUCGCGGUCACGGCCUCGCCGGACAAGCCGCCGCGCGACGAGGUCGCGUGCGUCCGCGCCGACUUCACCGACGCGUGCGAGGCGGAGGCGACGGUGUGGGACAAGGACGGGUUCAGCGCCGUCGCCCUGAGGCCGGCGGUUCGCGGCGUGGACGCCCGCGGCGUGCACGCCGGCACGUUCGUCCUCGCCAGGAGCGACGCGACGGCGGCGAGCGCGUCGGCGCUGGCGUGCCUCAAGAACAACGGCGCGGCGUACACGUCCUGCAUGCCCGACCUCGCCCAGGUGAACGCGCUCCUCGCCGCCUACGCGCCGCAGCUGUUCCUCCACCCCGACGAGCCCUACCUGCCGUCGUCGGUGACGUGGUUCUUCCAGAACGGCGCGCUGCUGUACCAGAAGGGUAGCCAGACCCCGACGCCGGUCGCCGCCGACGGGUCGAACCUCCCGCAGGGCGGCGGCAACGACGGCGGGUACUGGCUCGACCUGCCGGUGGACAACUUCCAGAGGGAGCGGGUCAAGAAGGGCGACCUCGCCGGCGCGAAGGUGUACGUGCAGGCGAAGCCGAUGCUGGGCGCGACGGCGACCGACCUCGCCGUGUGGUUCUUCUACCCGUUCAACGGCCCGGCGAGGGCGAAGGUGGGGCCCCUCACCAUCCCGCUCGGCAAGAUCGGCGAGCACGUCGGCGACUGGGAGCACGUGACCCUCCGCGUGAGCAACUUCUCCGGCGAGCUCCUCCGCAUGUACUUCUCGCAGCACAGCGCGGGCGCGUGGGUGGACGCGCCGCAGCUCGAGUACCUCGACGGCGGGAACCGGCCGUCGGCGUACUCGUCGCUGCACGGGCACGCGCUGUACCCGAGGGCAGGGCUGGUGCUGCAGGGCGACGCGAGGCUGGGCGUCGGGAUACGCAACGACUGCGACAGGGGGAGCAGGCUGGACACCGGCGGCGCCGGGCGGUGCGAGGUGGUGUCGGCGGAGUACCUCGGCGGCGGCGGCGGCGGCGUGGCCGAGCCGACGUGGCUGCUGUUCGACCGGGAGUGGGGGCCGAGGGAGGAGUACGACAUCGGCCGCGAGAUCAACCGCGUGGCGAAGCUGCUGCCGCGGUCGACGAGGGAGCGGCUGCGGAAGCUCGUCGAGAGCGUCUUCGUCGGCGAGGGCCCGACGGGGCCGAGGAUGAAGGGCAGCUGGAGAAACGACGAGAGGGAGGCCAAGUAAAAAUUUUGGCGGUUCUCAAAUUUCAGACGACGACACGCGGUGAUGACGAGUGAAAAGUUUAUUAUAUGGGGUUUCUCAAAUUCAAAUCAGAUUGUUACGGAGCAAUUCUGAAAAACGAUGACAGAGUGCAUGGUGAAAUAUAUUCUUUUAAGAUAAGAUUUAAUCAAACUUAAAAUUCCAAUCACAAUUGUUUCUCAAAUGUUUGGUUUUUUAAAAAAAUACUGUACAUAGAUUCACCAUAAGAACUCCUAUAAUAAUAUCAUAAAAUUUAUUGUAUUUUGUAAACUUACUCUAAAAAAAUUCUAAUACAAAAUGUCAUCUUAAAAAGUAAAUAUUUUUUAAACAUCAAAUAUUUAUGAUUGAAUAAAGUACCGUUGUACAAAAUUUCAAGUCAAACUCGACCAAAUAGAUCUAUAUUUUUUUUCCUUUUUCUUUCAAAUGUGUAUAUCGAACUUGCAGUUCACUUUCUUUACGAUGGUGUAUUUGUAUUGUAAAUAUAUCAUAUUUCUAGUAAUAUGUGAAAACAAAUGUAAUUUCUGGUAAA